UUCUUCCUCCGGCCUCCUCCCCCUGCCUCCCUCUCCUCCGAUUUCUCCCCAAAUUCGCACUCCCUGUCCCACUCUUCCCAGCAAUCCGUUGCGCCGGCGGUGACGGGGCACAAGGGGAAGGCUCUGAAGGCACUGGAGUGGCUCGGAUCGAUCUCCUCUAUUUCUGGUUAUUGUUCUUGGACGCGCAAGAUCGAUCUAGUACUCAGUGCCCUGGUGGAGGAGCUGCUUAUCUUCAAGGAACAAAAAAUUGGGGGUUCAACUGAACCCCCAUGCCCCAGGUUAAGCCCACCCCUGCAGCCGAGUCAGUACUGGGUUUAGAUGGAGAGGAUACCUUGUCUGAGAGGGGGUCAGUUGGAUCCAAACAGGGGCCAGGCUUGCCGGAUGAUGGUGGAGAAGAGACCUCUUCCAGCAGUUCGUCUGCAGGGAGUAAGAGGAAGCGUGAUAGCUUGAGCUUUGAUAGAGUGCAACUUGAUGAGCCAGAGGUGACAAGAUCCAUUUCAAGUGAUUCCACAUGGAGUGUGGAUAGUCACCCACCUUCAAAAUCGAGAAAAAAGAACGGGCAUUCAGAGCCUUCAGUUAGUUCAGGUGCAUUCAUCGGUCUGUCUCGUGGUGUCUUGAGAAAAAGGAACAAACACUCAGAGCCUUCAGUUAGUUCAGGUGCAUUGAUCAGCCGGCCUCGUGGUGUCUUGAGAAAAAGACACCCGGAGCCUUCAAUUAGUAAAGGUGCACUGAUCGGCCGGCCGCGUGGUGUCUUGAGGUUGAGGAAGCUUCCACAUAAUGUAACUAUCGAGGGUGGGACUGGAGAUUCUAAUGUUCUUCAAUCCAAUGGCAUUUCUAAGCCUCCUCAUUUCGUGAGGAGGAAAAACAAGAGGAUACCGCACACAUUCAAGGAGAACAGAGAUGCUGGUGAUGACACUGUCAGUUGCUCGAAAACUGAGAAUGGCAUUUGUGGUCAGGAAAGUACUGAAGAUGAUCUCUCGGUUGAAACUCAGUCUCAUCUUUCAGGUGAGCCAUCUAAACCUGUUCAUGUUGAUGAGGAAAGCUUAGGGGAUGAUGAUGUUAACUUGGAAGAAAAUGCUGCUAGGAUGCUCUGUUCUCUAUCAGAUAUAUGUGCUGACCCACCGAGGAAGAGAAUGAAUUCACCAGAUAGAUCAAAUGCAUAUUUUCGGCAUUCUAAUCGUUCCAAGGGUCCAUAUAACAAAGUAAAGGAUGCAGCACAUCCUGCUAGGUUGCUACGGAAGCGUGAUGAUAAAGUGACAUUCAGGAAGCGUCGUCCACGCCGGCAUUUUUAUGAAGUCAGCCCUCAUGACAUAGAUCCGCUUGGCAUUGUGAAAGAGAGGAUUAGGGUGUUUUGGCCUCUUGAUGAGACUUGGUACUUCGGGCUGGUCAAGGAAUACAACCCUGUCACAAGGUUGCAUCAUGUCAAGUAUGAUGAUAAGGACGAAGAGUGGAUCAAUAUUAAAACUGAGAGAAUCAAGCUCCUUCUUUUGCCAGGUGAAGGGCGCAAGAUAUCUAAUCGUAAUAAAUCAAGGACAACAUAUAAGGUAAACUAUGAAGGGGAUAAGAAAGAAAACAUGGAUGGGAACAGUCCACAAAGUUCUGAGUCGGAGCCCAUCAUCUCAUGGUUGGCUCGAUCAGACCAAGCAAGAUCUGCUACAUCCAGUAUCAUCAACAAGCCAGAUCACUUGCACUCGAAUAUUGUUCCUAUGCUAUCAAACUCACUCAAUGCCGAGCAGGGAAAGUUGUGCUCUAAUGAUGCUAUACCAGGUAGUGUACCUUCAAAUGGGGGUAUAGAAGUUCAUAAUGAUGGGACUACAUUUGAGGAUAGGAGGUUUCGCUUUGUAUAUUCUAGGAAGCGAUUUCCCAGGACAAGGAAUGGUUUCCUCAACAUAUCGGAACAUGUUUCGAAUCCUAAAAGCAGAGAAAAUUCUGCGGAUUUUCUUGGUUCAGUUAUUGGCAGGGAGGCUAGUACUGAAACUGAUGCUUCAGUGAAAUAUGUCAUGUUGUUAUUGAGCCAGCCACUGAAAUCUGUUUACAAAUUAAGAUCUGAAGCCUUUAGUGGUUGGGUUUCUCAUUCUCUCUUUCACCCUCAGCAUGGUUCAUUGGUUGCCUUAUGGCCUGCAGUAUGUCUGGACAUACUUCUAGUUGAUGAUGCAUUAGGUUUGAAACACUUGCUCCUUGAGACUUGCUUAAGAUCAGCAGUAUCUCUUUUCUGUCUACUUGCCGGAAGCUUCAAUCAGUAUUCCGAGCAGAGUACUUUGAAGGAAUCAAAAACGCCAUGCACCUCGGUCAGAUUUCAGAUAUCUGGUUUGCAUGGUAGAAACCAAGUAGUGUUUGUGCUGUUCAGCUUCUUUGGGAUAGGUAAGUCACAAUGGAAGAACCUGCAAUCAAAGCUUCGAUAUCAUUCUUUGAAAAAGGAGCUAUCUAAAGUUAACUGCACAUAUGCUAACAUCAAGCACUUAACCAAUGGAAUGGACCGGAGAGUCUCAACUUCAACAAAUCUCUUUUCGAAGUGUUUAUCACUCGAUGUCCGGGUCCCUCAGUUUCGUUCUGAAUUGAGUUAUCCAGAUGUUGAUCCUGUCAUUUUUUGUCUUGAUGGGCAGAGUGAAUUUGCUAAAAAACAUAUGGAUGUGGUAGAUGUGGUAGCUGCACCUUUGCUACUGCUAUGCCAUCAUCUAAAAUUGCUCAUCGAAAGCAAUUUGACUUCCGAUGGUUCGGCUCACCAGGCUGCUCCUGCUUCUGGAAUUUCUUCUCUUAAUGCCAAUUCAUCCACUGAUUGGCCCCUGGAUAUGGGUACUGUUGGUUUCAUAAGCCAUUCUAAUCAUUCUAGCAGGAAGCAAGAUAUGGCUGAGUGCUCAGUAAGUUUGGAUUGUAAUGACAGCAACAAUGGUGAUAUCAACGGGGCAUGCAACAAGUUUCCAGAUCAAAAUGGGUCUUAUGUACCUGACGACAAACCUUGUUCUUCCGAUCUUAAUGGUAUUUGCUCUCCACAGAAGUCUAAACACCCUUCCAUAGAUAUUCCUCGAGAUAAGACAUCUGAUUCUCCGGAUGAGAUACUUGUCAAAGAUGGCAAAGCUACAGAGCCUGUAUCUAACUUGGUCCAGGAAUUGAAUGAACGUCCAAUUGGCAGUGCUACACCAACUGCUCCAAGGACGUCCUACCAUCGAAACCGAUUUGCAUCCUUAUCACGGACUUUCGGAGAUGGUCCAAAAUUAUGGCCAGAAGAAACUAUUUCGACUGGCUUUGCUGGUGGUUCUAAGAAACCACGAAGCCAUGUUUCAUACUCAGUUUCUCCUAAAAGUGAUGAACUUGGAUUAAAACACAAAGGACAUUUCCGCAAGACUCACAGCAGCAUCAAGAUAAAUGGUGCAAAGAGGCUUCCUGAUAAUGCUAGAAGUGGGGAGAGCAGCCCGGAGUCGUUAGCUUGUGUUGCAAAUGUCCUGGUUACAGUUGGUGAUAGAGGAUGGAGGGAAUAUGAUACUCAGAUCACAAUUGACACCGAUGGGCAGAGUGAUUGUAGGAUUUGUGUGAGGCUUGCUGAAGGAACCAAGUACGCUCACAAGGUUUGUCAAGUUUUGCAGCCUGGGGCUACAAAUCGAUAUACACAUGCUAUGCUAUGGAAAGGGGGCCCUGAAUGGUACCUAGAGUUUCCUGACAGAAGUCAAUGGUUGAUUUUCAAACAAAUGCAUGACGAAUGCUACAGUCAUAACAUCCGAGCUGCAUGUGUUAAAAACAUUCCAAUCCCUGGUGUCCGCUUGGUUGAUGGUCAUGAUGAUAAUGUGGUUGUAUCCUUUGUGCGUCCUCAAGGUUAUCUUUGCCAUAUAGGACCAGAUGUUAAAAUUGCUCUUGAUGAAUCCCGGGUGAUAUAUGACAUGGACAGUGAUGAUGAGGACUGGAUUUCAAGAUGGAAGAAGAAUCAACAAAGUAAGAUCAGCACUGUGUGUGAGUUGACAGAUGAUAUGUUUGAGAGGGUCAUGGACAAAUUCGAGAAACUUGCACAUACCCACAACUGCAAUGAGCUCACCCUUGAUCAGAUGAAGGAACUAGACAUGGAUAAUGUACCACUGGACAUCAUUGAAUUGAUACAUGAUUACUGGCAUGACAAGAGGCAGACGAAGGGAAUGCCACUCGUUCGACACUUUCAGUCUGCUUUGUGGAAGAUUUAUGAGCAGCAGCUACAGGAAUGGGAAUCAGCAGUGGACAGAAUACAGGGUUCAUCAAAUGGGUACCAAGGAAAAAGGUUGCCCCCAAAACCUGCCCUGUUUGCCUUCUGCUUGAAACCUCGUGGACUUCAACUUCAAAUACCAUCCAAAGGACCGAAGCAGCGAUCACAUAAGAAACUUAUGUACUCUGGGUGCCACAGCUUUUCAAGAGAACAUGAUGGCUUUUACCGACAAGUGUCAGGCCGGAAAUACAGUGAAUAUGUUGGGGAUGGGAGGACAUGUGAAUCCUAUGACGGUGGUUCUCUUCAUUCACCAACAGGGCACUCUCCCAGGUUCUCUAUGAGAACUGAUUCCCCUCGUGCCUUCGAUGCUGCAGAAAGAGGUUCUACUCCAAGAUUCGUCAGGACUAACAGUGUGAAAAGGAAUGCAAGUGUUGCAUUCUCUGAGGAUAACCAACAGUCCCCGUCUUUCCGCAACCAGAAAAUAAAGCGAGGCGCACCUGAUCAUUGGAAGACAGCGAUGCACGAGUACCAAAACUCAAAGCACCUGCUCCCAGGGCCAGUCCAUGGCCAGCGCGUCAACGUCGAGGAGCUCAAGCUGCGUGACGCCACUAGUGCCGCGCAGCACGCUGCAACGAUGGCCAGGCUCAAGAGGGAGAGGGCCCAUUGCCUGAUGCACAAGGCAGAUCUGGCCGUCCACAGGGCCUCGGUAGCGGUUAUGAUCGCCGACGCGAUCAGAGCGUCGUCGUCCAGCAGGGACCCGCCUGACGAAGAAUGCUGACAGCUUUUCUUUUCUGGGCGUGAGCUGAUGGCGGGUGGCAUCUUUUUGUCGAUAGGAUCAAGGCGGUAGAUAUAGCAUCUCGAGCCCCGGUUUCUAUAUUUGAUCCUUUGUACAUGUGUUCUUUUCUUCUUUUCUAUCCUGUUCAUCCUCUCUAGGGAAACCUCCCGGUUGACUGUUGGCAAGAUGGUGAUGAUAGGGCGGCUGUCGUUGCAUUGCAGUCCAGCGUGUCUGCAGGAUUCUGCGUUGGUGGUUGUGAAUUCUCAAUUGUUGUAAGGUUGCUUCAGGGAAGACGGCGGCAUAUGCUUUUUCUGCAGUGACCCCAAAAAAAUGAAAAAUCAAGAUGGUACAGGACUCCCCACCUGACAAAGUCAGCCUAUGUUGUGUUGUUGUUUCA